AUGGCUGGAAUGGUGUUGGCUUUCCCCCCAGACAACCCUCCCCUGGCCGUCCUGGCUGUAGCACGGGUCGCGGGCCUCCAUCUCUCUCUCGACCCUACCCUUCCCGCCAGCUCGCCGCCGGUGCUGCGCUCCGGGUAAAUUCCUCCCCUUUCCCCGCCGCUCUCUCUCUCUCUCUCUCACUCGCGCUUUUCCUCUUUCGAUUUCUUCUUUUUGUUUUAACCUCGCGUGUUGAGUUGUUUUCUCAUUUCAUUCGAUCUUCACAGAUCGGAACUGGAGUUGAAGGGUCUCCAACAGCUCCUGCGUUACAUAGGGCGGGUGGCACAGGAUCCUCCCGCGUUAUACGAGCGUUCCGCGCAAGAAUCGCAGGAGGUCUUCUUUCAGAAAGCUCUUCAUCCCUUUGAUCUGUUGCUAGAGAUUCUCUUAUUCUUGGGAUUGACUUGUUUUCCCCCUAAUUUCAGAUUGACAUGUGGCUCGACUAUGUAUCAACACUAUCCUCCGGUGCCGAGUUCGAAGCUGCUUGUGCAAACAUCGAUGGAUACCUGUUAUUGCGGACAUUCUUAGUUGGAUAUAGCAUCUCCGUUGCAGACAUUGUCAUCUGGUCAGGGCUUGCUGGUAGGCGUGUUUAUGUUUUCCCUCGUUGAGAAUUUUCCAUGUUUCCUGCAACCUUUUUCUAGUUCUUUGCCUUAAAAUCAUGUCCUCCCUCCCUGCAGGCACUGGGCAGAGAUGGGCGAGCCUGAAGAAGUCAAACAAGUACCCAAACCUGGUCCGAUGGUUUGACGCCAUUGCAACUCAGUAUGGUGAAGCUCUGAAUGAAGUCACUGCUGCUUAUGUCGGCAAAAGGGGGGUUGGAAAGCCAGGACCUUCUGGGUCCAGAGGAGUAGAUCAGGCUGGAGGCCAGAUCACUAAAGCAAAUGUGCAAGGCCCCAAAGGGAAGGGAGAUGAUGCCACUAAUGGGGGUGCUGCUGGGAAGGAUAAGGCUGUCACAACGUCGGAAGUUGAUCUUCCAGGCGCCAAAGUUGGAGAUGUCCGGCUCAGAUUUGCUCCAGAGCCUAGCGGCUACCUUCACAUUGGGCAUGCAAAGGCUGCACUUCUGAACCAUUAUUUUGCUCAGAGGUACAAGGGUGAAUUGAUACUUCGGUUUGACGAUACAAAUCCAGCCAAAGAGAGUAAUGAAUUUGUGGAGAACUUGAUCAAGGAUGUGUCUACUUUGGGCAUUGAAUAUUGUAAGAUUACGUACACCUCUGACUACUUCCCACAGUUGAUGGAGAUGGCGGAGAAGUUGAUGAGGGAAGGGAAAGCCUAUGUAGAUGAUACUCCUCGAGAGACAAUGCAGAAAGAGAGGAUGGAUGGCAUUGAAUCAAAGUGUAGGGGCCAUAGUAUUGAACAGAAUUUGGCAUUGUGGAAAGAGAUGAUUGCUGGGUCUGAGAGGGGUGUGCAGUGCUGUAUACGGGGUAAGCUGGACAUGCAAGACCCAAACAAAUCACUUCGGGACCCUGUUUACUUUCGCUGUAAUCCCCUUCCCCACCAUCGUAUUGGAGACAAGUACAAAGCAUAUCCUACAUAUGAUUUUGCUUGCCCAUUUGUCGAUGCCAUUGAAGGCAUUACCCAUGCCCUGCGCUCAAGUGAGUAUCAUGACCGUAAUGCUCAAUAUUAUAGGAUACUAGGAGACAUGGGAUUGCGGCAAGUUCAGAUAUACGAAUUCAGUAGGCUGAACAUGGUUUACACUCUUUUAAGCAAGCGUAAACUUAAGUGGUUUGUUGAAAUGGGCAUUGUUGAAGGAUGGGAUGAUCCACGUUUCCCUACUGUCCAGGGAAUAGUUCGCAGGGGGCUGAAAAUUGAGGCAUUGAUCGAAUUCAUUCUUCAACAGGUAAAGUGCUGCCACAUAGGUUCCUGCCGUGAGACAAGUUUGACUCAAGGUUUAUAUGUUUCAAACCAUUCUUUUCUUCUUGCAGGGUGCCUCAAAGAAUCUCAAUUUGAUGGAGUGGGACAAGCUAUGGACUAUCAAUAAAAAGAUAAUUGAUCCUGUUUGUGCAAGGCAUACAGCUGUCAAUGAAGAGAGGCGUGUCCUGCUACUGCUGAGUAAUGGCCCGGAGACACCUUUUGUCCGUAUCAUACCCAGGCAUAAGAAAUAUGAAGGAGCUGGAACGAAAGCAACUACAUACACACAAAGAAUAUGGAUAGAUUUUGCUGAUGCUUCAGCAAUCUCUGAAAAUGAAGAAGUUACCUUGAUGGAUUGGGGAAAUGCCAUCGUAAAAGAAAUCAAGAAGGAUGGGGAGGGAAAUGUGACUUCCUUAACAGGAGUAUUGCAUCUAGAGGGUUCUGUUAAGACGACAAAGUUGAAGUUGACUUGGCUUCCUGAAACAGAUGAAUUGGUUAGGCUUUCCUUGAUCGAGUAUGGUUACUUGAUCACGAAGAAAAAGGUAUUGUUUGCUAAUGUUGCAUUUUGGUGUUCAUAUCUUUAUUCCCACGGAAUAUUAACUUAUUGUUUGGAUUUAUGCAAUAUGUUUAACUUCGAAUUUCUGGCAAUGAUGUUACUGAGAAAUGCAAGGCAACGGGGAAAAUGUAUCCUAUCACCAGUCGGAAACUAAUGUAUUGUACGGAAAGAAUGAAAUGUAUAAAUGGAGAAGCUUUUUGGGUAGACACCUUGUUAAAUGGAUAGAUAGUGUAUCUUCGUUACGAAGAAAAUGGCAUAUAUUACCAGCUAGUUAGCUUGAUCGCUUGACCCUGUGCCAAUAAAAAUUGUUUCUUGAUGUUUCUGCCACCCUCAAUGCCAUCUAAUAUUUUUUUUGCACAAUUUUAGAUCAAUUCACAGACUGUGAAGCAUUGACUUAUAAGAUCCGUUCACAGUAAAUGCAAUUUUGAAGGUUCGAAUCUCCAAGAAGUCCGCAUUUGUGCAAAAGUGGGAACUACGGUAAAUGCAUGGAUUUAGGGCCAUCUACAACUCAUUACCCAACUGGGAGAAAAGAAGAAUGACAGAACAAUGAAAGGAUCUAGAACAUAAAGAAAUAACCUUAACUGUGGGACUUAGGGACAUACUGGUUCUCUGAUGGUGGAGUUUGGAUUAUGGUUUGUGUGCUCUAAAUGUUGUGUAUGUCAAAAUGGCGACGUUGAUUGUUAAAAAUGAAGAAACAGCAGAGGACAUUUAGAUAUGAACACAAUUAUUGUUUUUUUUAUCUCUGUUUUUUUUUAUUCCACUUAUCAUGUAAAUGUGAUACUUUCCUUGUUGCUUUCAUGUCUUUCUUUGACACGGUUCUGCAACACUAUUAUAGUAUUGUAUGCGUGACUUCGUUUUAUCCAAAACUUGGGUUAAUGGCUGUAAAUAUUACUUUAACGUUCGUCUUCUUGUAUCCAUGAACUCGCUUGUGUAGAUAUUUGGUUCAAAGUUGUAGAGGUUGGUCAAAUCCUUGGGUUGGGUAGAAAUUCCCCGUCCUAGUUUCUGAUGAUAGUGAUUCAUAUAUCUGCUUUGCUCCUCAGCUGGAAGAAGAUGAAGAAGUCACCGAUUUCCUGAACCCUUGCUCGAGGAAGGUGACUGCAGCUUUGGGGGAUACAAACAUGCGCAAUCUUAAGCAUGGAGAGGUCAUCCAACUGGAAAGGAGAGGUUACUUCAGAUGUGACGUCCCGUACCUCAGAGCUUCAAAACCCAUCGUUCUGGUCGGCAUCCCUGAUGGAAGACAAGGGAUGGUGUCUCCAUCACCGGUGGCAACUCAGAAGCCCUAA